AUGGUGUUGAUCAGGAAGAAACAGCAGGAGGUAGAGUGGGAGGUGCUGGGAGUAGGAGAGGGACUCCAUGGUGACUCUGAGGAGGGUGUGACAGAUUCCGUGCUGACCGACAUGGAGUAUCCCACCCUGUCCCUCUUCAAACCCCUGCUGUGUGUGACUCCAGAAUAUGUGAAAUCUGUGUCUCACCAGAACGACACCUCCUUGGUUCUAGAAAAGUCAAUUUCAUACAGCAAGACGCUGACCAAGACUUCCUCCUGUUCCGUCAGCAACAAAAUAGAAUUCACCUUGAAUGUGUCGGUCAAAGCAGGGAUCCCGGAUCUGGUCGAGGUGGCAUCAGGGUUCAGCUUGACCGUGGGAGUGGAGCAAUCCACCAGCCUGCAGAAGACAGAGACCAUAACAGAAUCAGGUACCAUCAACGUGAAGAUCCCUCCAGGGAAGACCAUGGAUGUUGAGAUCACAAUGGGGAGAGCAAAUAUCGACCUCGACUACGAGGCCAUAGUGAAAGUCACCUGCAUGAAUGGCAGUCAGCUGGUCUUCCCAUCUAAAGGCAUCUACACUGGUGUGGCUUACUCUUCAUUGACCUUAUCCACAAAGGAGAGAUGA